AAAAGCCACGAAAAAUCAAUAAUAUAAAAAACAAAAAAGAAAAAGUCUCAAGACUUUUGGUGAACACAAGAUUCAGUGGAGAAAAGUGCAAAACGGCGGUUAUAAAGAAAAACCAGCUAACUGUUAAUCACAGCGCUUCAAAAAAAAAAACAAAAAGCUUACAUAAAGAGCUUUUUUUGAAGCGGUAAACGGAAAAUCCAAACUAAAUUCGUCAAUAGACACACAACAUUUUUUAAAUCAACUUAAAAAUGACUAAAGACAGAUUAGCCGCCUUGCAUGCCGCCCAAUCGGAUGACGAGGAAUCCGAGGAUGUGGCCGUCAAUGUUGAUGGCCAUGAUUCCUACAUGGAUGACUUCUUUGCCCAGGUCGAGGAGAUACGGGGCAUGAUUGACAAGGUUCAGGAUAAUGUCGAGGAGGUGAAGAAGAAGCAUUCGGCCAUUUUAUCGGCACCACAAACCGAUGAGAAGACCAAGCAAGAGCUUGAGGAUCUAAUGGCCGAUAUUAAGAAAAACGCGAAUCGUGUCCGUGGAAAACUUAAGGGCAUCGAACAGAAUAUCGAACAGGAGGAGCAACAGAAUAAAUCAUCGGCCGAUUUGCGUAUACGAAAAACUCAACAUUCGACCUUAUCGCGUAAAUUUGUUGAAGUUAUGACCGAAUAUAAUCGCACUCAGACCGAUUAUCGAGAGCGCUGCAAGGGAAGAAUACAGCGUCAAUUGGAGAUAACGGGUCGUCCGACCAACGAUGAUGAGCUCGAGAAAAUGUUGGAGGAGGGAAAUCCAUCAGUAUUUACCCAGGGCAUCAUUAUGGAAACGCAGCAGGCGAAACAAACGUUAGCCGAUAUCGAGGCGCGGCAUCAGGACAUUAUGAAAUUGGAAACAUCGAUCAAGGAGCUGCACGAUAUGUUCAUGGAUAUGGCCAUGUUGGUGGAGUCGCAGGGCGAAAUGAUUGAUCGCAUUGAAUAUCAUGUGGAGCAUGCUAUGGACUAUGUGCAGACAGCAACUCAGGACACAAAGAAGGCGCUCAAAUAUCAGAGUAAAGCGCGCCGAAAGAAGAUCAUGAUACUGAUAUGCUUGACUGUGUUGGGUAUCUUAGCGGCUGCAUAUGUUAGCAGUUAUUUCAUUAUAAAAGCUAGCAAAUAGCAUGAUAUAAUUUGUAAUUUUGAAAUGCUUUUUGCCUAAUAUAUACAUACUACAUAAGUAAGAAACUGCACACCGACCCGAUUCUCUGUUAAAUUGGGUUUACUUCUACUACUUCACUACAACAACAACAACAAAUGCCACAGCAACAACAACAAUAACAAAAGUAUUAAAAGUUAAAACACGUGAAUUUUAAAUAUCUGCACCUCUGCUUGCCUCUCUCACCAAUAUCUCGAGAAUGCUCAGCAAUAAGCAACUAUACAAAGAGCAAGCAAUAUAAUAUACCAUUCAUCGAUAUUAUAACUUAGCAACAAUCAGCACUCCAAAUAUAAAAAAAACACCACUACCAACAACAACAAAAACAACAACAACAGCAACAACUAAACGUUUAAAAAGUGUCAUCUUCGUCUUCGUAUUAUGCCACUUAAUCAAACUGCGAAAAGAAAUGUGAAAAUGAAACAAAACAGGGAAACAAAGCCCUUGAAAUCAAUAAUAAAAAUAAUAAUAAAAGCGACUCCGCCGCCAUCAUCUGGCCCCUGGAACAUCAUCGCGACGUUGCGGAAAACCCUUUGCAACUUUAACAUCUUUACCUACAUCUAAGAUAACAUGAAGUGCAUUAGAGAAGGUCGCCAGGAGGAGCAUUUUGGAGCAAUAUCUCGAGAUGUGUUGACGCCGCAUACAAAUGAGAUGUAAUGAGAAGCAGGAGUCACGUUUCAUCUACCCAAUUCGGCUAGGAAAACCCACUCUUCAACCUACUGACUGCCGCCUGCUUGGCCCGCCUGCUCUUCCUAAUUAACGCAAAGCGUUAAGGAGCAAAAGAAGAGAGGGAGAGGAAGCUCCAGCACGACCUUCGUCUAGGAAAGAAUUAAUAGAGAGCCAACAAGCGAAAUGGAGUAUUUUUGCUGUUCACAAAUUAAAUUUCCCCCAGAGUUUAUUUGCUGUUGUUAUUGUUGUUGUUGUGAUAGGCCCAUUUGGAGGAAAAAAAAAAACGUUUUGAAAAGCUAAGCGGACGCGAGAGUACGGACCGACAGUCGGUCUGACUAACUGACUGGCCGUAAUUUAAUUUUCAUCUGUUCCCACCAACUAACAGAAGCUUGUGGCGCUGUUGUUGUUGUUGUAAUUGUGCUUGUUGAAAACUUGCACGUUUUUCCA